AUGGCGCGGUCACUUCUGUUUCUGCUGGCCUUCGGCGCCGCUUCCGGCGCCCCGCGGCUGGCCGACUGGGCCAGAGCCAGGAGACGCAGCAAGCAGCUUCAUGUGGAAGUUGACCCGCAUGGCUCAAUCCAUGAAGAGCGCGAGUCCAGGCGCCUGCUGGAGCUGCAGACGGUGCCACAAGACCAAGGUUCUGCGAACGAUGUGACGACGACAACUGCUGCGGGAAGCAACGAUGUGACGACGACAACUGCAGCGGGAAGCGGUAAGGAUGUCAGUCCUUUGGACGAAGACAAGCCUGUCACCUGCCGCAAGGAGUUGGAUCCCGGGGAGGAUGGCCAAGUGGACGGCAAGAACGACAAGACCAAGCUGGUCUGCACACAAGGCGGAGAGGUGGUGAAGCCUUGGAAGUGCGAGCCGGGGCAGAGCAUCUGCUGCAACCCCCGGAUGAAGGAGUCCUACUACCUUCGAUGCCUCGCGCGGGAAUGCUACAAGGUGCAGUCGGACCCCCUGUGCAAAGAGCACAAGAUGUGCACCUUGAAGUGUCAGAACAACUGCUGCUGCUUCGUGGCUGGGACAGCAUGGACGGUCAACACAGUGUACAGGAACGUCGAGCAAAAGGCCUUGGUGAUCAUGAUGGCUCUUCUGGGCACCAUGAACAUGGAGGAUGAGCAGAACUUCAGCGACAACUCUACCAAGCGCGAGGAGCCGGGGGCGCAGGAAAAGUGGAUGAAAGCCACAUGCUCGGAGGCGAUGUACUUGCUGGCGAUCAUGCCUUUCGCGGGCCUCAGCUUGUCGCUGAUCUACGAGUGGGCCAAGAAAGCCGCGGGCAAGAUGGGCGUCGGAGGCAUUCGUACCGACGAGAUGACCAAAGAACAGCGAGAAGAGUGGAUGCAAGAGGAGAAGAACAGGCAGAAAAUGAAGCUGGAUGAGUACCUUACAGAGAAGGAACAAGAUGGCCUCGGUGGCAUCUUGCAGCUGGUGGUCACGGAAGUCUCGGGCAUGAGCAACGCCAAGUGGGUGGUCACCCAGGCUCUGAGCCUCUCGCUCUACCAUUUUCUGGUCACCGAGCCAGUGGAGACCAAUGUAUGUGCCCUUGGCAAGACGGGACGGCUCAUGGUACUCCUCAGGAGGCCGCUGAACCCAAGCUCGGAGUCAGCCAAGCUGCUGAAGGGCGUGGGCACGUUGAUCAUGCUUCUCUCUGCGGUGGCUUUGAUCUACUUCCGCACCAUCGAGCGCAUGCUCUACCUGGCCACCAACUAUCCCACCCCCUCUGUGCGAGCGCGCCUGGCACCCAUCAAGCCGAUCGCAGACCUGAUCACGGGCAAGGUGUACCUGUACACCAUCGCGGCCGCCGUGGCGAUGUGGAUCAUGAACUUCAUCUUCUUCAAGGCCACCAUCAAGUCUUGGGGCCACAGCGACGCCAAGAACUACUACGAGUCGGAGAACGCCUGCUGUGCCCAGUACUUCCGCAGUGGAACCAAAGCGACGCCCUGGGCAAAGCCCCGGCGCGUGGGCGGCAUGAGGAUUUUCUUUGGCCCGUAUCCUAUGCCCCACAUCUUCUGGGAGCUGGGCAAAGACUGGCACUUCUUGCGGUGCUUGGAACCUCUGCCAAAGCUUCCGGCGGAGUACGACAACGGAGGCUAUCCCAGCUCCGGCGGUAGCCCAUCUGGACCCGAGGAGACCAUGGGCUUCCUGCAGCUCUUGCUGGGUCUCAUGAACACUUUCCUGGGCACGCUGGGCCUUUUCUUCUUCGGUGUGAACCUCUACAACUUGCUCAUGAACAUCCAGAACUGCCCCACGGGGGUUGUCCUGGCGCCCUGCAUCACCCAGGGCGCCUGUGCCGGAGUUGUGCGUACUCCCUGGUUCGCGCACUACAUCGUGUCCAACAAGCUGAUGGUGGCGGAAGACCUUGCCAGAGAGGCGGUCAAGGCGGAUGUGCCCAUCAAGGAGGUUGCCAAAUGGAUAGGCGUGGAGACAGUGGGCCAGGCCAAAAAGAUCAUCAUGGAGGUGGCGCAGGAUUCCUGCCAAGCUAUGUACGAGGGGCUGAUCAUUGGGCCCAAUGACACGAUGAAUGGCAUGCAUGCGGACUGGCUGGGCAAGCAGCAUGCAACCUACUACCUGGAGCAGAUCAAGAACAAGAAUCUGAACAUCACGUGGCAGGCAAAAAUGUACAGUUGCCACGGCUGCGUCCGCUGCAUGACACUCUUCUACUUCACCGACGUCCAGAAUGUGGUGGAGCUAAUUGAGAUCUUCCUGCUCAUUAUCGCGAGCUAUUUCAGCGCCUUGCUGGCGUCCAUGAUGGGGAACGUCUUGGAAAACUGCCCCAUGAUCGACGUCCACUUCGAGGCAGAUCCAACUCAGAAGCAGUCCGUGGACUUGCACUACACGGAGAAAAGCUGCCUGAGUAUGAUUGGCCGGACCUUCUUUUUCCGCUACCACUACUGUGGGGUGCCCAAGCACAUGGAGUACCAGGAGGAGGGCAUGCGGAAGCAGGUCCAAAAAGGCUUGCGGGACACGAAGAAGCUGACGGAUCCUUUCCAGGAGGUGGACAAGGCCGCCACCUGGGAUUUCUACAACCUCUUCGACGCCACCGCGACGCGGCGCUUCAACGUGCACCGGGAGCUCUUGGGACUUUUGGAGGGCGAGGAGGUGGUGAACGCUUGGACGGUGCCGCCCCGACUCACCCGCAGCUGA